AAAUCAUCGUCCUCGUCGCAUUGAUUGGCUUUCCGUCAAUCUCUCGAUCUCAUGAUCCACCAAAAUUAAUCGAUCCAUCCAACUGAUUUUCUUCAUUCCGGUGCGAAAAAUCUGCGAGCAGAGAAACGACAUUAUCAUUGGAAAGGUGCGGUAUUUCACGGCGACUUCCUAUCAACCAGAUGGUUUCUGGCAGUGAUGCCCUCAUCGGAGGAGGAAAGCCAGUGGCUCGUUGGCAGCGGGGGCGGCCUCGCACCCUCCGGAGGCAGCGCGACGAAGGCGAGCGCGGGCGAGCGCGGUCCGAACACUAAGACCGGUCUUUACACCGAGGAGAUGACGACGCAGCCGACGAACGUUGCCACGGCCGGCGUCAACUCGGCCUCGGCCGAUUCCGCGGAACACGAUCUCAUCGACUCCACCGCGGACGCGACCCUCCUGGCGCAGUUUCACGAGGACGCCAUUAAGCAGGCUGGUGUCGGUUACUUCCAAAUAUUUGCCGCUUUCUGUACAGGCUUGAGUCUUGCAGCAGACACUGUUGAAUUUUUCGUUGUUCCUUACAUACUGCCAAGUGCAGAAGUUGAGUUGUGCAUCGAAGAUAAUGAGAAAGGAUGGCUCGGCAAUAUCACUCUUAUUGGUCUUGCAUUGGGUGGUUUAUUCUGGGGUGGCCUUGGAGACAGAUUGGGAAGACGCAGGUCUCUCCUAUCAGCCAUGUCUGUGCACGCUCUGUUCAGCGGCGUAGCAACAUUUAUGCCCACUUAUGGCACUUUUAUGACAGCUAGAUUCUGUUCAGCUCUUGGAGUAGGAGGAGCUGUACCGCUGGCAUAUGCAUAUCUCGCGGAAUGUUGUCCACGAUUAAGCAGAGGCCGUUGGACGGGAAUACUCGUGGCAGCGGGUGCGCUAGGAGGCGUAUACGCUGCACUUUUAGCUUGGGCGGUGGUACCCACGACUGGAGAGAUGGUCGUUUUGGAAAACAAGGAACAUUUUAGCGCUUGGCAUCGUUUCCUGUUAUUAUGUUGUUUGCCAGCGUUGUGCUCCACAUUUGGUCUUAUCUUUCUACCGGAAAGUCCGAGAUAUCUUGUAGAGGCCGGUCGAGAUGUGGAAGCAAUGAUGGUUUAUCAGAGGAUAUAUAAAAAAAAUAACGCCCGGAAAAGUGCAACAGGUACUCAGUAUCAACUCUCUGAAUUGGAACUUCCUACUAAAAGACCUCGCGGUUUGGCACCGCCAUCUCCAAGUAACCAUACUAGCGUUUUGGCAGAUAUAAUAUAUUCGAUUGAAAUGUUCUGGAAUUCUUUCUUGGAAUUAUUUACUGCACCCCAUUUACGUGUGACUUUAAUCUUAUUAAUUGUUUGGUCUGCUGCUUCAUUCAGUCUUUAUGGUCUUAUGAUAUGGUGUCCUGAAUAUCUGAAACUUCUACGUGCAAUAGAAUAUGAAGCUCAUACCAAACAUAUUUAUAAACAAAAUUAUAGUAGUGAAACAUUUACUGGUUCUUGGGAAAAUCUUCAGUACAAAGAUUCUAUAUUUUCGAAUUGCAGAUUCACUAAAAUGAUAUUUAGUCAUGUCGAUUUUGACAAUUGUACGUUCCAAUCAGUGGAGUUUAGUAGCAUUAAGUCUAGCAAAACUCAUUUUAGAGACAGUGUUAUUGUAUAUUCAAAAUUUGUUGAUACAGAUUUAUAUGCACAAGUCUUCACUAGAUGUAUAUUGGAAAAUAACACAGAGUUAAGUUUAAGUGGACCCUGUCCGACUCUCGAUUUGGAUUAUAAUAUUUAUAUUGAAGAGGCGUUGCAUGCUCAUCUCGUUGCUCAAUUGGCUUUCGUGCCUGCUGCCGCGCUCGCAGGUUUGGCGCUUACCGUUCUCCAGCGGCCAAAAUUAAUUGGUCUCUCGCUUUUCUUCUCUUCCGUUGUUGCGUUAUGUCUAAUAUUAAUUCAGAAAAAUAGUUCAGCAGUCCUGGGCUUUGAAGGUGGCUUUACAGCCCUGUUUGCUGUUGCAUGGACAUCGUUAACUUUGGUGACAGUCGAGAGCUUCCCCACACAUUUGCGAUGCACUGGUUUUGGACUUAUAGCAGCAGCUAUAAGAAUAUCUGGUCUGAUAGGAACUACAACAUAUCAGACAUUAGUAGGUGUGUCAAUAAUCGCACCCGCGCUAUUGACAGCAUUGGCAUUAUUGAUUGCCAGCGUUGCAACUUUAAAAUUGCCCCAUACUCAUAAUGUCUUCUUAUAAGCUUUCUAUCAAUAGAAUGCACAUCCAAAAUUGGAAAUGUUGUUGCAUAUGAAGCGAACUCAUAUAACGCUCUGUAAACUAAAGAAUUGGAUUUUCAGAGAAUAAUCUCAAAUAGAUAGGAGACAGAGAAGAGAAUGAGGCAUGCUAUCCUUUAUUCUUUACCUUAGAGUUUAUUAAUGAAAAAACGAUGUUCAAGACAUGUCAAUAAUUUGUUGAUCAAAAGGAAAAAAGAUUUUUUAGAAGAUAAGACUUUGUACAAAGUGACAUAUCCUAAGUAAUAACGACGAUAAGCACUGUUGUCGUUGAAGACACUUGCAUAUUUGAAGCGCACAGAACAUUCAUAACGAUUUUAGCUUGCUUGACACAAAGUAAUCCAGAGUUGGAUUAAAGUAUUCUUGUAUCCUAUUGCUUUUAUGAAAUGUAAACGAAUGAUGUUUGACGAAACAAGAAAUUUCAAGAUCAGCUGAUACAAUAUGUGUACACUGUUCUGCAAAUAUUGCAAUGGAUACGUGCAUAUGUGCAACUAUUUUAAUAAGGCAUAUGCCACGAAACGUGUCAAUUUUAAUAGAGGAUGUAUAGUCAUCCAUAUAAUAUAACAUGAUAUAUACAUAUAUAUUAAGAAAUAUUAAUUAGAUUCUGGUAAAUAUUAAUUAGAAAUUGGCAGUGUUGUUUGAUAUCUCAAUUAUUAUUCCAGAGACUCAACGCUCAUAGAAUAUAUAGCUAUUUUUACUUUUGAUCAAUAAUAUUGAUGCACAACAUGGAACUUUUCAAUAUACUCUGAUAUAUUUUGCAGAAAGUAGAUUUACUCAGAUGUGAUCACAUAGAGAGAGAGAGAGAAAACUCUAUGUGAAUAUUUGCUGCAUAUAUAAAUGGAUUACAAUACAGAUCAGAUUUUAUUUGUUUUUGAAGAGGAAAAAUGAAAACAUAUUUACAUUUAAACAUAUGGAAAACAUUUCUUUAUGAAAGAAAAUAACUAAAUAAUUCAGUAAACUUGCUUUUUACCGAUUUAUUAGCAUGCAUUAGAUUUAUUAGACAUUAAAAUAUUGCUAAUUCGAUAAAUAAGAAAAAAAGAGGCAUUAUUCACAUUAUGUAAACGCUGCCGUAUGAAACUUCAAUUCCUAGGUGAAAACUUUUGAAUGAAAAAAAAUAGAGGAGAUUCAGCUUUAUAGCAUAAAAAUCCAAGAGAUUAUCGCCUCUAGUCAACGUUAAUCGUCUUUAAGCUUAUAGUACGAUCAAUUAUGAACAUACAUCUGACUUUCUAAUGACACAUAUAUUAAAAUACAUGUAGAAAUAUUUUCUACAAGAAUCAGAAUCACACACAAAUCUUAACGUAUAUAUACAAGAUAUAAUAUCUGUAAUCUACUUGGAAAAAUUCUUUGUUAAAGUUUUAUCAUCGUUAAUAACAGACAAUGAAUGACAAUGAAUGAAACUGAAAGAACUUAAAGAGAGUUCUUAGAAAGACAACCUAUUUCUAGGCAAUAAGAAUGAAAAGAGAAUCCGACGAGCAAUUAUCGCGAUGUUAUUGCAUACAGAAACUCGGAAAAUACAACUUUGUCGAAUCUUUAUCAGAGAAGAGUUACUGUUGGCAGACUUAAUAGGAUAAAUGUUUACGUCCCAUCAUGGUUAGUGAAUUUUUUCAUAUCAGAUUGUUGAUCAAUAUAUACAGAAGGAUUAACAUCCAAGCCGAGAUUUACGGAUGUCCAAUUUGAGUAUGGAGAGAAGUAGAAACGAAAGAGACCAUUGAAUUGGCCGACACGCGAGCGCCAUUACCACAUUCCAGUGACUGUCUUAGAAAUAAUUUCGUUUAUUUUCAAUGGUGUAUAAUUAUAAUGGAAAUCGUUCGUUUCUGCUUAGGGAAAAUCACAAUUUUCGUAAACUUGAUCGUGGAGCGCGAUCUGUGUCGGUAUCGUUAUUGUGAUAUUAUAUCCAUUUAUGUAACACAUAUUACAUACAAAA